GCAAAACUUGUAGCCCACCUGCACAGAUGACAGAUGGAAAGAUAUUAUGUCGACUGGCUGUCGAUUGUGAGAGACCAGGGGGGAGAGCUGACUGUACAGACCUCGCCCAACAGCUUCUUUUCAGUGAGGAUACAGAGGGAGCAGAACAUAACCAGAAAGGCCAAGAGAACUGCCGUUCAACACCAGUCUCUAUCUGCCCCAAUGGCCACUCUCCUCGUGAAAUAAAUCCCUGUUGGGAAGCAGACACCUCCAGCAGAGACAAAUGUGGGCCUGAUACGAACACCACUUCACCUUUAGAUGUCUCUGGGAACUAUAUUUUGUUUAGUCCCACUCAACUGGCAGAAGCGAGGAAGAGGGCAGAGCUCCAGCGGUCAUCACAGAAUCAUUCAGUUUCUGUGCUCACUGUCCCUGCUGGCUUAGAUCUUAGUACACACACUGACUCUUUCACUCAGAAAGGCAUUGCCAUGUGUGCCCCUGUUGAGCAAGCUGAAAAGCUGUUGCUAUCCAGCUGGAAUUUACCUAAACCAGUCCUGAAUCGGUACCAGAAAUAUGGAGUGACACAUAUGUUUGAAUGGCAGGCUCAGUGCCUCACUGUCGGACAGGUGCUGCUGGGACGUAACCUGGUCUAUUCAGCCCCCACCAGUGCUGGAAAGACUCUGGUGUCAGAGCUACUGAUACUGAAACGUGUGUUAGAGACCAAGAGGAAGGCUCUUUUCAUCCUGCCAUUUGUCUCUGUUGCCAAGGAAAAGAUGCACUACCUGCAAAGUGUGUUUGAAGAGGCAGGAGUUCGAGUAGAAGGAUAUAUGGGCAGCAUCAUGGCUCCAGGAGGGUUCACUUCUCUGGAUGUGGCUGUGUGCACAAUAGAGAAGGCUAACUCUCUCAUCAAUAGGCUCAUAGAAGAGGAGACUAUAGACCUACUAGGUAUUGUGGUGGUGGAUGAGCUGCAUAUGGUUAGAGAUUCUGGAAGAGGAUAUCUUCUGGAGCUGCUUCUUACCAAAAUCCGCUAUAUCGCCCAGAAGCAGAGCAACACAAGACCACUUUCUGAGGGUGCACAAAUAAUAGGUAUGAGUGCCACUUUGCCUAACCUUUCCCUCCUUGCUGACUGGCUGGAUGCAGAGCUCUACCAAACAGACUACAGACCUGUACCCCUGCAGGAAUAUCUCAAGGUGGGCUGUAACGUCUAUGACAACUGCCUUUCUCUGGUUCGGAAGUUCACACCUGCACUUAAUAUUAAGGGAGAUGAUGACCACAUAGUGAGUUUGUGCUAUGAGACGGUGAGAGAGGGCCACUCUGUGCUGCUGUUCUGCCCGUCAAAGAACUGGUGCGAGAAACUAGCAGACGGCAUCGCUAGAGCAUUCUACAACCUCGGACACACUGAGCGAAAGAGUGAGACAGAGCCACACGCAGUGCAUUUGGACCAGGAGGGUCUGGUGGAUGUGGUAGCCCAGUUGAGACGUACUCCAGCAGGGCUGGACCCCACCCUGCAACGCACUGUACCCUGGGGGGUGGCCUUCCACCACGCUGGCCUGACUUUUGAUGAGCGUGACGUGUUGGAGGGAGCAUUCCGUCAGGGCAUGAUCAAGGUGCUGGCUGCGACCUCAACCCUCUCAUCAGGAGUUAAUCUUCCAGCCCGUAGGGUUAUCAUUCGUACCCCUGUUUUCAAUGGACGCCUGUUGGACCCUCUCACAUACAAACAGAUGGCUGGACGAGCAGGACGAAAGGGCGUUGACACCACAGGGGAAAGUGUGCUGGUGUGUAAGGAGGCAGAACGUCACAAGGGUAUUAAUCUCCUUCAGGGUACUCUUCCUUCAAUCAGCAGCUGUCUGAUGAAUAGGGGGGGAGAAGGUGUGACCACUAGCAUGCUGCGAGCCAUCCUUGAGAUCAUUGUUGGAGGUGUAGCCAGCACUCCACAGGAUGUGAGAUUGUAUGCUUCAUGCACACUAUUGGCUGCCAGCAUGAAAUGUGGCCAUGAGCCAUCCAAAGCAGGUGUGAGACUGGGGCCUGAAGCAGAAACCUCCACAGGGGGCAUUGAGGCCAGUGUGAAGUGGUUGAUGGAGAAUGAAUUUAUCAAUGUCAAGAAGGAGGGAGAAGAGGAGCAGUACUGCCCUACCCAUCUGGGUGCUGCCACCCUUUCCUCCUCCCUCUCCCCCCCUGAAGCAUUGGGAAUAUUUGCUGAUCUCCAGCGGGCUAUGAAGGGCUUCGUAUUGGAGAAUGACUUGCAUAUACUUUACCUGAUCACACCAGUAUACACCGAGUGGACCACAAUAGAUUGGCACCAGUUCUUCUUUUUGUGGGAGCAGCUGCCAUCCUCUAUGAAGAGAGUGGCAGAGCUGGUGGGAGUUCAGGAAGGCUUCCUCGUUCGCUCCGUCAGUGGCCAACUUAUUACCAAGACUGAGAAGCAGCAUAGACAGAUGGCUAUUCAUAAACGGUUUUUCACCACUCUUGUACUCCAGGAUCUGGUAAAUGAGGAGCCUUUGACGGUGGUAGCCUCCAAAUAUAACUGCAGUCGUGGGCAGUUACAGUCUUUACAACAGUCUGCCUCUACAUAUGCAGGUAUGGUGACAGUGUUCUGUAAGCGUCUGGGCUGGAACAACAUGGAACUGCUGUUGUCUCAAUACCAGACCAGGCUAAGCUUUGGAGUCCAGCGGGAGCUUGUCGACCUAGUCAGGGUGUCUCUCUUAAAUGCAACGCGAGCAAGAGUACUCUAUGCACAAGGUCUCUGUACUGUGGCUGAACUAGCCAGGGCUACUGUAUCUGAGGUGGAGAAGGCCCUGAGGAAAGCUGUCCCCUUCAAGAGCUCUAAACGUGCGGUGGAUGAGAGUGAGGUGGAAGCAGCUGAGCGACGGAGCCUGAGAUGUGUCUGGGUCAAUGAAGGUCGCGCCCUGACUGAACGAGAAGCAGCCAGUGAGAUAGUGUCUGAAGCCAGGCUUCUCCUCCAGGAAGACCUGGCCCAAUUAGGAGUGCAGUGGGACCCAAAGACACUCCCUGAUGGGACCUCCUCCAAUAACAACUGUGAAGACAAUUGUAACAGACGCUCGGAUCCCGCUUGUGGGUCAUCUAACAACUCACAUGAAAUGCAAAGACACAUCUCUGGAAACCAAAACAAUCCUGGCCAGUUCAAUAAAAAAGUAGACAGAUAUAUUGAGCAGCUUAAAGGUGGUGUUCGGGAGGAACAGGCUGAUAGGGAAACUGGGAAUAGAAAAGUAGUCAGUCAUCAAGAAGCCAAGAAAGAGCAAGGAAAGAGAGAGCUUGAAGAGAGAGGUGUAAAAUUAGAUCAGCAGAAUCAGCCAAGGAAGGAUAGGGGUGGGACGGUAAGAGGUCAGUUCAGUAAAGAGAGGCCAGGGGAGAGGGGGACAGAGGCCAACCUGAAAAAUAAGAGAAGUCAAAGGCCGCCCACAGCAAGUGAUGAUGAAUAUUCAGAUGAGAAAGAAAGGACAGAAAGGAUGAAGAGAUUAGGACAAGGAGAGAAUAAAACCAAACAAAUGGAUGAGCAGGAAGAGGGGAGGAGAAAUGAAAAGAUGCUCUCAGCCAGGCAACAGGGCCAUGAAGAAAUUCCUUCUGUUUUUGAAAGAGGCCUGACACAGGAAUUUGCCAAAAUACUAUCCAGCCAACUGUCUCAACCUCAGACUCUUCCUCAACCCUCAUCUUCUCCUAUGCUCCCUCCCCGGUUCAGAGUCCCGAUAUCCCGGGCAGAGGAAUUGAACGCUGUUUCCAGCAGGACACUAAAUGACACCUCAGGGCCCAGUGCAUCCCCCGUGCAGCCAGGCAAGGUUAAACACUCCAGAGUGCUCAGCAAAGUACUCCAAUCCAUUCAAUCUGAGAAAAGUUGGCAAGAAAAGUUAGCAAAUGUGCAGACAUCAGCACCGUCGCUUCCUGCAGUAGUUGCCGUAACUGCAGCUCCAGCCUCCCACUUGGCCCCUUGGGUGUCUACCACUUCUCCUGCUCCCGCUCAAGCUCUAGGCGCUCUGCCCACCUUACCCGUUACCCAAAACACAGAUGCAUCACUGCUUUCACUCCCAUGUUCUCAACCCCCAUCUCCUGUCCCAGCUCCCUCAUUCUCUCCCGAUGCCAAGCGACAAAGGACAGAAGGACUGGAAGUGGAUAAGUUUUCAUCUCCCGAACUGUUUAUAGGAGAGUGGGACAAAGAGGGAAAUAGUCAAGAGGAGGAAUGUUUUGAUGACAGCUUUGAAUUGGACACUCAGACAGAGAGAAUCAUUGCAGGCAAACACAGAGAUGGGAACAAUGGGGGUAUAGAUGAAUGGAGGGUGGAAGAGAUGAGAGAGGAGGGAAUAGGAGAAGCCUAUAUAGAGCUGCAGGAUGGUACAUACAGUGAAGGAAACAGGCCAGUAUCAGAGGAUGAAACGGGAAAUCUGACAAAAUGUGAUGCCACGAAAAUUCAACACAGCAAACACAACCACCAGCACACCUGUGUCUCCCCAGACAACACUUGUCCCAGAUUCAGCAUUUCUCUCACAGACAGCCAGAUGGAGCUUAUCCUGAACAGCAGCCAAGAGAUCUCUCCUAGACCAGGUGGUAAUGUCGGUGACGAUAAAGAAGAUGUUCACGACAACGAGGCUGUAGGUACACCAGAACCCAAUCAAGUCACUUCUGAGAGUCCAAACAGGAGCAGUAGUUUCCUGUUUGAUAGCCUGUAUGACCACUCCCUAUUGGAUUCUGUGAGCACAGACCAGGAUCCUGAACACUCGGACAAAGAGGGUUUGGUUAACCACGACAUUAGAGAUGAACAACACCCCCAGUUACCUCGGGACAGACAUUGCAGUGAGCUACCAGCUAACCAGGCGGAGGAGGAGCAGGAGGCUGUCCAAUGGGGCGAGUCCUUCUGUAAUCUAUCAGAAUGGGGUGACUCAUUGUUGGUCGAUGAGCACUUUCUGGCGAGGCAAAGCUUGCUCAGACAAGCAGAGAGAUCGAAAAAUGAACAAGAUCUCAACAGGGGGGAAGUCCAUCAACCCAGAACAGACUAUAUUCCGACAAACCAACAGGUAUCAUCUUGCCAACCAAAACCCAGUCACACAGAACCAGCAAGAUUCAUCCAUUCCUCCAUCAAGUUGCCAAAGCAAUACCACAGGGACAAUGAUGACCAAGGCAACACAAACAAAGUGAAACUAACCAAUGAUGCACCAAAUAACAUUGAAGGAGUAAAUGUCAGCUCUGAGAAGGGAAGAAACGGCACAGAGAGAAAAAAUGAGAUGGAAAUAAAGAUGGUUAGAGAGGGGGACAGUGAAAAAGAAGUAGGAAAAGCAAGUAAGGAAGCGAGGGGAGAGAAAGACGAAAGAAAUCUUAUGUUGAAUAUGGAAAAAUAUUCACACUUCCAAAACACAUGCUGGAGUCCAGUCCAGUGCAGCCCUGGACUACAAGACAUCUUUGACCGUUGGCCUAGCAUAUCUGACCAACCCUCACAAGACAUUAUUCAGAGCAAUUCAUUUGCUCACACAAAUACGGCUGCUGGAAAGAAAAACCAAAUGGAUAUCAGCGAAACACUUAAGUCUUUGGUGCAAGAGUGUGAAAAGGUGGCACAACGGGUCAUACACUCUACUUCUGAUGAGGUUUGCUCUAGAGAGAAACAACCUUUAAGACAAGAGACUGGGGGAGACAACAGCCAAGAGACAGAGGGGGAGAGACCAGGUUCUGCUAAUGACCUUAUUCCUCCUACGCAGGAAACGGCGCCUGUGACCCCUAGAGUCAAACGAACUAUUUCUUCUAUUCAGUCACUUGUCAGUGCCCAGCCACUCAACCAAUCAAUUCCAACCACCCUCCCCGCUGGUCAAUCAGUGGCAUCAAAAUGUCCAAAGCCCCGCCCAGAGUCCAGCAACCAUCUUAAACCCACUCAUUUGUCUUACUCGAUUGCUGAUAUGGAGGAGCCUACAUUUGCACUGGAUCUUAAUGACAAACUCAAGCUGAGGCAGAAACAAAAUACUUCACCAAAGUCCAAGUCACACUCAAAACCAAAAUCUGACUAUAUUUCACAUUCUGACAAACUCGUGCCACGCGCUGACUUAAUUCCCAGUACGGCCCGAGAUGACGCCCCUCCAUUGUCCCCUCUGCCACAGCCUCUCUCUGAUCUAGACUCCUCUCUGACUGAUAAUGUCUUCACCCUACGGCUAUCCCAAAAUUCAUCCCUCUCGCCCAGAAGCUCUGGGACAUUUUCCAUUAUAGAUGUGGCAAGUGACAGGCGUCUCUUCACCACUUUCAUUAACGAGUGGAAAACAAAGGAGAGAUAUUCUCUGGCUCUGGCCUGUGGGAGGCGAGAACAGAGAACAUGGCUGGAGGAGAGAAUAGGAGAGAAACACAGGAGAGCAUCAGCAGCUGGCCAGAGGCUCUCUAGGGAUGAUGGCUUUCCAGUGAGGGGCAGUGAAGAUCUGAACCUGAUUGGACUGUCUGUUUGUUGGGAAGCAAGAGAUGCGUACUACAUAUCCCUGCAACAUGAACAGAGUACAGGUUUGACCUCAAGUCUGGACCCUCCUCCGCUGGACACUGACUUGCCAGUCAGUGAGAGGCUGGAACAGGUCAAGGCCUGUCUGGGACGGCCAAUCGAUGGUCAGGCAGGUAGCGUGGUUAUUGCAUAUGACAUCAUUCAAGUGUACAAGAUACUUGUGCUGAGCUGUGGCAUCAGCCUGGAAGGAAGCUGCGAGGACCCCAAGGUAGCAUGCUGGCUGGUGGACCCUGGCAGCGAGGAGAGAACCAUGGCCAACAUGGUGGCCAUCUACUGCCCUGAAGAACUGCCUCUAGUGGACAGCUUGGGAGGACCGAAAUACACACACACUCAUUGUCCUCGUGUUAGUGCAGCCACCGAGAGCGUGCUAGUACACACUACCAUGAGCCAUCUCACUGCCCUGCUGGAGAAAGAUUCAAUGCUUGAUUUAUUCAGGCAGGUGGAGAUGCCCUCUCAGAUAUGUUUGGCUCUGCUGGAGUUGAAUGGAGUGGGCUUCAGUGUGGAAGAAUGUGAGAGACAGAAACAUGUGAUGCAAGCUAAACUCGCCACCCUGGAAGCUGACGCUUACAGCCUGGCCGGACACACCUUCUCACUCACCAGCAUUGAUGACAUAGCACAGGUGCUGUUCCUGGAGCUCCAUCUGCCUCCUAAUGGUUAUAUGGGCGGAUUAAAAUAUAAGAAGACCUUGGGCUCUACCAGGAGAGGAGGUGGAAGAGUACGCCUUGGCAAGCAGUUUAGUACUACCAAGGAUGUUCUGGAGAAACUUCGUCCUCUGCACCUGUUGCCGGGGAUCAUUCUGGAGUGGCGGCGGAUCACAAAUGCCAUGACCAAAGUGGUGUUUCCCCUGCAGAGAGAGAAACACCACCAUUCAUUACUGGGCAUGGACAGAAUAUAUCCUAUUGCCCAGACUCACACAGCCACAGGCCGAGUGAGUUUCACAGAACCUAACAUCCAGAAUGUUCCCAAAGACUUUGAUAUUAACAUGGCCAUGGUGGUGGGGGAGAGCCCACCCUCACAAGAUGGCGGCCCUACUGCUACAAAGUCAGGCAAGAGGAGAAGACAGACUGUGACGCCUACAGUUCCAGUGAGGAGUCCACAAAAAGGACCAGCCUUCUCUGUCAGCAUGCGACACGCCUUCAUACCCUUUUCAGGUGGGAUGAUGUUAGCAGCUGAUUACUCACAACUGGAGCUGAGAGUCUUAGCUCAUCUGUCCAAGGAUCGACGCCUCUUGCGGGUGUUAAAUGGAGGAGCAGAUGUCUUUCGCUGUAUCGCUGCCGAGUGGAAGAACAUCGACAUAGAGUCUGUAAAUGACAGCCUCAGACAACAAGCCAAACAGAUUUGCUAUGGUAUCAUCUAUGGGAUGGGAGCCAAGUCUUUGGGGGAGCAAAUGGGCGUGGAUGAGAACGAGGCGUCCUGCUAUAUCGAAAGUUUUAAGGCCAGAUACACAGGGAUCCACACUUUUCUUCGAGAGACUGUGAAGAGCUGUGUGAAGAACGGCUAUGUUCGGACUCUUCUGGGCCGCAGGAGAUACCUGCCAGGGAUCACACACACCAAUACAUUUGCCAGAGCACAGGCAGAACGCCAGGCAGUGAACACGACUGUCCAGGGUUCAGCGGCAGACAUAGUUAAAACCGCCACCGUCAAUAUCCAGAAGCGACUGCGGGAUACCUACCCGACUGCUCCUCUUACACACCAGCACAGACAAGCAGUCAGUAAUCGAGCCAAGGUUGCGAGGGCUCGGCCGAGAGGAGCCUACUUUGUCCUACAGUUGCAUGAUGAGCUGAUCUAUGAAACGACAGAGGAAGACCUCAUACAGGUUGCUCACAUAGUGAAAAGAGAAAUGGAGACAGCGAUGAAAUUGUCCGUCAAACUCGAGGCCAAAGUCAAAGUGGGGCCCAGCUGGGGCGACCUGGAGGACUUGGACAUAUGAUCCACGGAGUGCCCGUGUUGAAAUGAUCGGUUGGACAUUUCUGUAAUGCACAGUUUUGAAAAUGCUUGAGAGCAGAAAAUGAUUUUAAGUUUUACAACUAAGCUGAAGUGUGAAUUUGCUGUUGAAAAUACUCUUUAUUUUUAUGAACUA